AUGUCUCAGCAAUCGAGUGAUGAAUCUCCCGUUUUAGACUCGGCAACUCCGGAAGAGUCAUCUAACCCUAAUAGGAUUCUUAAGGUUGUCCCUUUAAGGACGAUUAGCAGUGAUGAAGUAAAGGCCACAAAGCCUAAAACGACUCAUGCAAAACGGCCCAAGGAGGGUAUUCAUAACAAGGGUACCAAAUCCUCAGCAUCUGCUACCAUGGAGGAACUUACUAAAGAAGGAUCCAAAUAUGUCGAUAGCGCAAUUACCAUGAUUGUUACUCGUAUUUUGAAGGAGAAUCAUCAAGUGCCUGAAAUAUCUAUUCCUCUUCAAACCAUAAUGGCUGAUCCCCUCAAUAACACCAGUAAAGCUGAGGUUGUUCACACCGUUGAUAGUGACCUAGAAAUCAUCAAGGAUGAACAAGGGUUUGCUAAGAAUACUAAUGUUACCGAGGAUGUCAAUGACAUCGACAAUAAUGAGCACCUUAAGGCCAAUACUGAAACUGAUACUAAGGUGGUAGACCUAGAUGAGUUCUCUGACGACGAAUUACUUACCUCCUUGAAUCCUAGUGUAGCCAACAGGCUAAUGACAAGAAGAAAAGGCAAAGCCGUUGUCCAAGGAUCUCCUAAAAGGAGCACUCAAGUGAACAACCCUGCCAAAGACACUGUCAAGAAGAAGAGUACUUCUGCAGGUCCUGUCAAGAGCAAAACUGUAACCAAGAGUAAAGGGGUUGGUCCAUCAAAAUCUUGGAGCAGGGUCAUUCCAAAGAAAAGAAAGGAGCGGGAAAUAGUUGAACCUGAAUCUGAUGUUGAAGUAAAUGUCCCUGACAUUCCAUCGAGGAAGAAGCCUACAGCCAAUAAGCUUGCUGCUAGUAUUCCUGAAGUUCCCAUUGAUAAUGUGUCUUUCCACUAUGCCUCUAGUGCCAGCAGAUGGAAGUAUGUUCUCCAAAAGAGAUUGGCUGUUGAAAGAGAAUUGGCUCCAAAUGCUCUUGAAAACAAGGAGGUCUUAGAGCUAAUCCAAGAAGCUGGACUGCUAAAAACUGUGUGCAAUCUUCCCAAAUGUUAUGAGAAGCUGGUCAAAGAAUUUGUGGUAAACCUAUCUGAAGAUUGUGGCAACAGCAGGAGUGCAGACUACAUAAAGGUGUUUGUAAGAGAUGAAGCUCAAACCGAGCUGGAAGUAACAGACAACCAAGUCUGUCAAGUGAUCACAACUAAGCAAGUAAAAAGCUGGCCCAUGAAAGAGAAGCUAACUGCAAGCAAGCUGAGCAUCAAGUAUGCAAUGCUUCACAAGAUAGGAGCAGCUAAUUGGGUUCCAACAAAUCACAAGUCAACUAUCUCAACUGUGCUUGGUAGAUUUCUGUAUGCUGUAGGAACAAAGGCAAAGUUUAAGGGUCCAAUUGCCUUUCUAUCCCUCUUGUGUGGUAUACUGGAUCAGUAUUCAAACAUUCUCAAUGAACAUGAUGUAGUGUGCAAAAGAGAAAGUCCCUUGGCCUUCCAUUACAAACUGUUUCAGGGCAAGCAUGUUCCAGACAUUGUCGUGACAUCAGCUGAAAAUUCCAAAUCUAGAGCAUCAGUCAGCAAAGCAGAAGUCAUAGCAAUGCUAAAAGAGACUUGUAAAGAACUCGAAUCUAGAAAAAUGUCUCUUGAAAAAAUGAUACGUACUCUGGAAAUGGAUGAGAAUGAAGAGUUUGCAGAUACUGAAGAGAUUGAAGACAAAGAUGAACAAGAAGGGGAAGAAGAAAGUUCUAGUCCAGCUGAUGACUCUGAGAAAGAAAGUUCUUCAGACACCUCAAGUGGGUCUGAAUCUGGGCAGUAA